AUGAGUCUCGGGGAGGUCACGGACCUGGGCCCCGUGCCCGACGGGGUCUCCGCGGGGCACGGCGGCGCGCAUCCGGGCCGCGCCAUGGCGGGACUCGGCUGCUUUCGGACUCUGCUGAGCGCCAUCCUCGCAUUCUUCCGCUCGAUGCUCGCCGGCUACAAGAGGAUGGACGAGGCGGCGUUGGCGGCGUCGGCCACGACGACGACGGCCGCGGGACCCCAGCAGCAGCAGCAGGUCGCGUGCAAGGUGCUGGCAGACUCGCCCAUCAAACUGGGCCUCCUCCCGCACAACCUGGGUCUCGUAGCGGGGCUGCUGGACAAGGUCCGCCUACAGGUGCCAGGGGUGAUGGUGGCCGCUCGUGCCGAGGCGGUAGCGCCGCCGCCGCCCGACCUCCCCGUGUCCCCCGCGUCUCCGCUUCUCGCCGCAGCGCCCUCUCCUCCGGAGUCGCCUCCUCUGACCCCGAUCCAGGAGCCGCGCUCCUCUCUCCCCUCCUCGUCCCGCUCCCCGCCCGACUACGUGCUGGUGCCCUGCACCCCGGCGGCCCCCUUCGCGGGGUCCGCCACGCGCGCCGCGGGGGCUCCGGCGCACGGUUUCGCAUCGGCCCCCGCCCGGACCGCGGGGCCUGGCCCCGCGUGCGGGGUCACCGCGGGAGGCGGAGCGGGGGAGCCUCCCGUGGCCCCGGGGGCCGCGGCGAGCGCGGAGGCCCAGAGCGAGGGGCUGCCCCCAGGGUGCCCAGAGGUGACGCCACAUCAUCAGCAGCAUAAUCACAAUCAGAAUAAUCACCAACAGCAGUGGUAUCGACAUUGUGAGCAACAGCAGCCGGUGCUUGUCAGUGACCUUCAACUGCAGCAGCAGGAUUAUCAGCAGCAGCAGCAGCAGCAGGACCAUCAGCACCAUCAGCACCAUCAGCACCAUCAGCAGCAGCAGCAGGAGCAGCAGGGGUGCCUUGGGGAGCGCCUCCGAAGCUGCCCCCCCACCGGCGCGCCCCCCACUGCGGCAGGAGUCGCGCGCGGCAGCCGUCGAGUCCACUUCGCGGACGUGCGGGGCCUGGAGUUGGUGAGCGUGCGCCUCUUCCACGACCACGAAGACGACGUCGACGACGACGACUUCGAUUACGGAGGAGGCGGCGGCGGUGGAGGCUGCGGCGGCGGCGGCGGCUCGUGCGGGCCGGGCGAUCGCAGCGUCCGCGCGCGCCUCUUCGCCCAACUCUGCCUCGCCGCCUUCCCCAGAUUCGACGCGGACGACGAUGACGACGAUCUUAACGAUGAUGACGAUUACGAGUAUUACGAUGAAGAUGAUGACGACGGUGAAGAUGCCGCCGCCGCCGCUACUGUUGCUGCUCAGCUAGCGGAAGACGACGAAGAGACGAGGAGGAGGAGGAGAUGCGACGGUGGCGGCACGGAUGACGACGAGCGGGGAAGCGGCAACUCGCUGCUGGUGACCGGCGGCGGUGGUGGCGGUGGCGCUGGGUCGGCCCGGGUCGCGCCCCCACCACCUCCACCACCCCCACCGCCUCCACCACCACCACCGCCGCCGCCACUCUUAACUCCGGGCGCGCGUCCGGAUUUCCUUGAGCGCGUGCGUGCCCAGAGCGUGUGCCUGGAGCGCGUGCGGGCCACGUGCGGCGGCGGCGCCCGCGGCUGCGUGCGGGUGCUCAACUUGUCCUUCGAGAAGCGCGUGCUCGUGCGCCACUCCUUCGACGACUGGGCCACGUGCGCGGACGCCGACGCGCGCUACGCUCCGUCCGCGGCCAACCCGAGUCAGGGUCAGGUUCAGCAGAGCGCGGGUCGGGGUCCCGGGAGGGCUCCGCCGCCGGACGGGGGCUACACGGACCGCUUCACCUUCCGCCUGGAGCCGCCGCGCGGCUCCCGCCUGGAGCCCGGCGCCGCCCUGGAGCUGGCGGUCUGCUACCGAGUGAACGGCGCCGAGUUUUGGGACAACAACGGCGGAAGGAACUACCGCGUGCGCUGCCAGCGAGCCAAGGUGUCCCCGACUCGCGAGACGGAUAACGGCUGGGUCCGCUUCGUGUAGCCGCCACCACCGACUCCCCCCCCCCCCCCACCCAGGGUCCUCCCCCGAGUGGGUCCGCCCCGGUCAGAAUGGACGCACGCAUUGGACUCCCCCGGCUCUCGAGAGAAGCGAGGGCCUCUCUGGGCGACCUCGCGCCACGUCUUCUCGCAGUCUUUGUCGUCGUCUGCUGCUGCUGCUGCUUCUUCCUGCGCGUGGCUUCUGUAAGCCGAGCCACGCGAGAGUCGUCCGUGCCCAGGCGUCACAGCCCAAGCACAGCAGGCGUGGGAGGUCCAAUGGGAGUCUCAGAGAAGCUGCUGCUACUGAUGAUGAUGGUGCUGAUGGUGGUGCUGGUGGUGCUGAUGGUGGUGGUGGUGGUGGUGAUGGUGGUGCUGAUGCGGUG